AUGGAAACCGUGGAGGCUAUGGUUGGUUGUGGGAAUUGGAAGGAAGGAAUUUUUCAGACAUUUACGCACCUCAGAGAGUUUCUCCGAUUCCAACGACGUCGUCCGUCUAGUAUUGUGCUUCGCCCUUUGUCAUGCUCUCUUUGGUCCUCUGGGAUGUCACUACGUGCACAAUUUGGGUCAGCUUUUGCCCAAUUUCAAAAAGAUGUGUUAAAGAAUGAAACCGGCAUAUUUCCAACGUUCCUCGAACGCACAGCAGUGGGAUGUGUCGUUGAGCUGAAGUAUGGUGUGUUGUUCAAAAAGCAGGUCGUUUUUACGCAGAAAAUGUUGAUGAUAGAAAAUGCUGGCGUCGUUGAGCAAGUGCUAUUUGUGGCGCCACAUGAGGAGUGGUCAUUCUACACGGAUCUCGGAGAGAAAAGGGUAGAUUUGCGCACGACUUCGCAGUAUGUGGUGUACCAGAAGCUAUCCGUAGAAGCGAAUCUUCAUCUGAUGCAAACGAUCAAUACACAAGAAAUUCGGUGGACAGCACAAAUUUUACACCAACUGAGUAGCGCGUUUAGGUUAUUCCAACGUAUAUUUGAUAUGACGUGUAGAAGAUGCAAAGAAGGGAUGAAAGAGUUUUUACCACCACUGAUCUUUGACUUCCGCAAUUUGAAGAACGCGCUUCACGAGACGUGUCGAUGA